AUGUUUCCUUCAAAUCCUCAUUGGCAUGUGAGACAGCAAGACAGCCUAUCCUAUACAUCGAUAUUUCUCCUAAUUCUCUCCAUUCUUUCAUUCAAUCAACAACAAUAUGUUAUUCAUGUUGUUCGUGCACAAUCCUCUCCCUAUUCAUUUCCUGUUCGAUAUGUCAUUGCUACAGUCGCAGGAACAGGAAAUUCCACUUUCAACGGAGAAGGUUUAAAUUCCUUUUUGUGCAAUAUGAAACCCCGAGACGUUGUUCGGCCAUGUGAAGCGUGCAGUAUCUAUGUGGCAGACAAUGAAAACCAUCGAAUUUUAAAGAUACAACACGGAGUGGUCACAACAGUGGCUGGAAGUGGCCUUUCAUCCCCUUUUAAUGGUCAUGAUUUAUUGGCCACAAGUGCCAAUUUAAACUCUCCUCAAGGAAUUUUUGUUUCAUCCAAUGAAGAGUUUUUGUGGAUUGCAGAGACAGAAGGUCAUCGCAUAAGAAGAGUCCAUUUAAAUUCUGGAAAUAUGACCACAGUUGCAGGAACAGGAACACCAGGUAAUGGAGGAGAUGGAGGACUUGCUGUGAAUGCACAACUCAAUUUUCCAACCAAAGUCAUGGUCGAUUCCAAUUCUAAUUUAUACAUUGCAGAUGGAAACAAUCAUAAAAUACGAAAAGUGGAUACGAAUGGAUACAUCUCGUCUUUUGCUGGAACUGGCUCACCUGGAAACAGUGGCGAUGGAGGACCAGCUCAAAAUGCUCAACUUGAUUUUCCUUCAAGUCUUUUUCAAGAUGAAUUUGCUGGAGAUAUCUUCAUUGUCGAUACCAAUAAUCAUGCCAUUCGAAAAGUUUCUAAAAGUGGCCAAAUGUCGACCAUCGUUUCAGGAGCAGCAGGACUGAACUAUCCAUCCUCUGUCCAUUAUUUUCCUUAUGAACAACAAUUAAGCAUUACCGAUCAAUGA